AUGGCGAGUACACCUGGUCAGGUCAUCAAGUGCAAAGGUUCGUCCCUUCUGCCGUUUGUUGGUGUUUCAUUCUUUUGUUGCCUCAAGGAGACGGAGCUCAGUUUUCCCCCAAUUUUGUGGGGCACAACAGAGGGAAGUUCUUCUCCUGCUUAGUAAAGGCUGCAAAUUUAUCCUUACUUCUCUUCCCUGAUGUUGCAGCGGCGGUUGCCUGGGAGGCAGGGAAGUCGCUGGUUAUCGAAGAGGUAGAGGUGGCUCCGCCGCAGGCCAUGGAGGUCCGCGUGAAGAUCCUCUUCACCUCCCUCUGCCACACGGACGUCUUCUUCUGGGAGGCCAAGGUACGGUUUUUCUCCACAAUCUCCGGCAUACAGUGACUCCCGGAAGGUCGGUCGAUCGGGAUGAUUGACGUGGUCUGGCUUCGGUGACAUUGCAGGGUCAGACACCCGUGUUCCCCCGAAUUUUGGGCCACGAAGCAGCAGGGUAUGCUCAAUUCCCUUCACUUCCUCGGUCUCCUUCCCGAAUAGUCUUCUUUCUCUUCCUCAGUCUCCCCAGAUGGACUAAAUCUCUGUGUCUGGUGUUGACGGUGAGCAGGAUUGUGGAGAGCGUGGGAGAAGGCGUGACGGAUCUGCAGCCGGGAGACCACGUGCUCCCGGUGUUCACGGGAGAGUGUAAGGAGUGUGACCACUGCAAAUCGGAGGAGAGCAACAUGUGCAGCCUGCUGAGGAUCGACCCUGACCGCGGUGUGAUGAUCGGGGACGGGAAGUCGAGGUUCUCCAUCAACGGGAAGCCCAUCUACCACUUUCUCGGCACCUCCACGUUCAGCGAGUACACCGUGGUGCACGUGGGCUGCCUAGCGAAGAUAAACCCGCUGGCCCCCCUGGAAACGGUCUGCGUGCUCAGCUGCGGGAUCUCCACAGGUGCGGCCUUCUUCUUCUUCAGCUUGGCUUCACUAAUAAAAAAAACAUAGUCUUGGAAUGUGUUCACACUAUCUUCUUUAUCUUCUAAUUUUGGAAAUUAUAUCUUUCCUUAAUACCAUAAAUGUUUUUAUCAAAAUUUUGAAGGUUUCGGCGCGACGGUGAAUGUGGCCAAACCAAAGAAGGGAUCGUCAGUUGCUGUAUUCGGAUUGGGAGCCGUGGGCCUUGCCGUGAGUGUCUCGCUCUGUUCCUCUAUCUGUUACUCUGUAUAGUGGAUGGUUUUCGUUCUCCUCUCCGUAUUCGAUUAGAUGAUGACAUAUUAGAAUGGUAACAAACAGGCUGCGGAGGGGGCGAGGGUCUCAGGAGCUUCAAGGAUCAUCGGUGUGGACUUGAACUCGGACAGAUUCGAGCAAGGUGUGUGUCCAAUCUUUUUUUAAAUCAAUUGGAUUUCGGGUGAUGAUAUGAACAACAGAGUUUAAGACAUUUUCAUUGCUUUCAUCACCAGCUAAGAAGUUCGGCGUGACGGAGUUUGUGAACCCAAAAGAUCACGAUAGACCCGUUCAAGAGGUUCGCUUUCUAUAUCACACUUUAACAUUUCCGAGCUUAGCAUCGUGCCGUUGACAGCGGUUUCUAAAGUGUGAGUCCUGUGGUCUGUGGUGAACAGGUGAUCGCCGAAAUGACCGGCGGCGGAGUAGACCGAAGUGUGGAGUGCACGGGCAACAUCAACGCCAUGAUUUCCGCAUUCGAAUGCGUCCACGAUGUACUUUCUCUUGAUAACUGUCGAUUGCUGACGCUUCAUAGACGGAAAUCUAACCGUAUUUCACGGUCUCUGAUCUAAUCUGGUUGACAUCACGGUCGCAGGGAUGGGGAGUCGCUGUGUUGGUCGGUGUGCCUCCCAAGGAUGCCGUGUUCAAGACCUCUCCAGUAAAUUUCUUGUGUGAGCGGACCCUCAAGGGCACCUUCUAUGGGAACUACAAGCCUCGCACUGAUAUUCCUUGUUUGGUGGAGAAGUAUAUGAACAAGGUAACUAACCUCUCUGAACAUCGCUUUCUUGAAUUAACCCUUUCGGGACGAAAUAGGGGAGGGGUCGAAGAGCCUCCUCAGUCCCUAUGGCCGAGCAAGAUACAUUAGCUGCCCUUUGGUUUCUUGAAUAAGCGAAGAUUGGUUACCGAGCAUACAACAUGAGUGGCGAUAAAAAAGCUUGUUUUCUGUACAGUGGAGGAGGGAAGAUCUCUUCUUCCCUCCCGUUUUAUGCCAUCACUCGUGGGUUCCGGAGAAAACCCAUUAAUCAGCAAAUGUAUUUGACAUAGAGUUAAUUGGAUGUCUGUUUGUCUGUGCAGGAGAUGGAGCUGGAGAAGUUCAUCACCCAUGAGGUCCCCUUCUCCGAGAUCAACAAGGCGUUCGAUUUAAUGGUCAGUGGAGAAGGCCUCCGCUGCCUCAUCCGAAUGGAAAACUGA